AUGACAUCUCCCCAAGUUCACCACCCCGGCCUUCAAGCCACUUUCAAGGGAAUCGAGCGAGAAUCAAAUGGGAUUGUCGUCCACGAAUACCGCGGUAUCAAAUAUGCCAACAUCCCAGCGCGGUUCGAGCGAGCACAGCCGCUGAAUAGCUUCGAAGGCGCCGCUGUCGAUGCCACUCGAUACGGACCAAGAUGUCCUCAAGUCGAUGUCGAUGUACGCCAUCUGCUACGCAUCCCCCAAGAUUUCGUGAUCGAGAGAGAACCUGAGGAUGAGUUCGAGUGCCUGAACCUCGACAUCACCAGUCCUCCGUCGGCUGCGACGCAGGGACCGUUGCCUGUUUUUCUCUGGAUCUAUGGAGGGUCCCAGGCAGUGACAUUCUGCUCGGCUGCAUCUAAGAUCUGCGAUCCCAUCAAGCUUGUGGCAGACUCCAUCAAGAGCGGCCAGCCCAUUAUCUUCGUCUCGUUCCACUAUCGACUCAAUAUCUUCAGCUUCGGGGAUGGAGAAGAGAAGAACCUGGCCCUCAAAGACCAGAAAUUGGCCAUUGAAUGGGUGCGGAACAAUAUUGCUGCCUUUGGGGGUGACCCGGAAAACAUCACGCUCGCUGGAGAGAGUGCGGGAGCGGUUUAUGUGCAUGCUCAUCUACUCACUGGCACUCCGGUGAAGAGGGCUGUUCUCGCGUCGGGGUCACUUUACCUCUCCAACCCCCUACCGUUGGAGAAAGGCCACGGGCUAAUCGCAUCUCUGGAAGCCAAAGUCAGAGAGCUGGGCCAGCCUUCCCUUCGGCAGGCUUCAGUGCCAGCUCUCGUCCGAGCGUUGGAAGAUUGUAAGGUGAAUUCAUUCUGGCUCCAAGACAAUGAGGAAUUCCAGAACUGGGAAACCAAGCCCGAGCUUGUCGAGGAGGUCAUGAUUGGAGACACAGAAUACGAGUCAGUCAUUUGGCGCAACGGCAUUGAAACGCUCGAUGCUGCCACAAUUGCUGGUGCCUUUGAGCGAGAUCCCCAGUGGGGAUCCAAGCUGCGCAACCUGUAUCAGGUCGUUGCCGAUCGCCCGACGGCUAGUAAACUGGGAGCUCUGGAUUUGUUGCACGACACUCGUUACUCCCUUCCUGUGGAAAUCGUGUCCGACAAGCUCCAGGCUGCAAGUAAACAGGUCUACAAGUAUGUUGUCGACCAGGUCAACCCCUGGCAGGCAUCCAGCCGAGCGCACCAUGCCGUCGACCUCCUUUUCUUGUUUGGGGGCGUUGAUCUGUCUUUCAACCGUGCCGCUGAAGCAGUGGGUCAAGAGAUGAGGGACCGUUGGAUAAGUUUUGUAAAUGGCAGAGAGCCAUGGUCAGAAGGACGCCGCUUUGCAUUCGGGCCUUUUGGAGAAAGCAAGCAGAUUACCGAAGAGCAAUUUGCUGCUCGACGCCGCGUUAAGCACAUGCAGGUGUUGCGAGAGGCGGGCAUGAGAGUGUAUAUGCCUAUCGUAUUUGGCGUCUCGGCGGGGAAGAUUAGUCUCCUGAACUGA